CUACGAGUUACCCAGGGGACUGGGCUGAGCUGAGCCUCCGCCUUCUAGCAAUAGUAGCACCGGCGUGCUCAGAAGGCGAAGAGAAGGGCUCGUAGCGGACAGAGAGACCGAACUAAGGGAAAAGAGGGAAAGCGCCACCAAUCCAUAGGUGGACCACCGCGGCCACCUCUUCGCCCUGCGACACCCGCGCGGAGGCGCUCCUGUGCUGUUGGUAUCAGUUUCCUACACAGCCUCUAACAGAACUGAUCACAAUGAUGCUAAAUACCUCUGCAGAAGAGGCCGAUAAAAAGCACCCCAUCGACUGUCCCUCUUUGGGAAGAAACAGCUACAUUUUUAUCAUGGUUCCAACUGUUUACAGUAUCAUCUUUGUCAUUGGUAUAUUUGGAAACAGCCUGGUUGUGAUUAUCAUCUACUUCUACAUGAAGAUGAAAACUGUGGCUAGCGUAUUUCUGCUUAAUUUAGCCCUGGCAGAUCUGUGUUUCCUAGUAACUCUACCAUUAUGGGCAGCUACAACAGCCAUGAAGUAUCAUUGGCCUUUUGGAAACUGCUUGUGUAAGAUCGCUUCAGUUGCAGCAACCUUCAAUAUGUAUGCCAGCGUCUUUCUCUUGACGUGCCUCAGCGUAGAUCGUUACUUAACAAUAGUGCAUCCCAUGAAGGCCCGCCUUCGACGCACAAUGCUCGUUGCCCGGGUAACUUGCAUCAUCAUCUGGCUGUUGGCAGUCAUUGCCAGCUUACCUGUUGGAAUUCACCGCCGUGCAUAUGACCUUGAAAAUGAAAACAUCACAGUAUGUGCUUUUUGGUAUGGCACACGCAGGAAUUCAACCAGCCCCAUAACCAUCAACAUUGGAUUAGGCCUAUCGAAAAAUAUUCUGGGCUUCUUCAUUCCUUUUGUGGUCAUUUUAAUAAGCUACAUAUUAAUCUGGAAAACUCUGAAAAAGGCUUAUGAGUUUCAGAAGAAUAACGGCAGAGGUGAUGACAUAUUUAAGUUGAUUGUUGCAAUAGUUCUUUUUUUCUUUUUUUCUUGGAUUCCUCAUCAAAUAUUUACUUUUAUAGAUGUGCUGAUUCAGCUUGAUGUGAUUAAGAGCUGUGAUAUUGAAGAUAUUGUGGACACAGCUAUGCCCUUCACAAUCUGCUUAGCUUAUUUUAACAAUUGCCUGAAUCCUGUCUUUUAUGGCUUUUGGGGAAAGAACUUUAGAAAAUACUUCCUUCAGCUACUCAAAUACAUCCCUCCAAAUGUCAGGCAUUCCAGUUUGUCAACAAAGAUGACUUCGCUUUCCUACCGACCCUCAGAAGACUUAAUCCGCACUAGCAGAAAAAAAGGAUCUCUAGUUGCUGAGUGAUAGUAUAGCAGCACAUUUUUUGCUGUUAGUUGCUCAAAGGAACAAUGUUCCUCUUCUGCAGUGUUGGGCCAUCUGAAAUACUUUAUCCUUGUGAAAACUGGGUAGUAGCUUCAUGUCACGUUGGACAAAGAAUGCAGGCACCAUGCCUUACCGUGUCAGAGCUUGGUGGGAAAUAAUGUGUGGUAGAACAUUUAAUCCAAACAUGUAGAAGAAUCUCUGAAAUUAUCUUUCAUUACCUUAUACAUCGGUGUUAUAUAGAAGACUUAUUUCAGAAUAAGGAAAGGAAAGGAAAGGAAAUGAGUAUUUCAAGAAAGUGAAAGAACUCCCUAUGUAAUUAUAAUCUAAUCCUCCUUGUGCUACAUUUCAUUGCAUACACCCAUCUUCUACAGAGCCUGAGAAGUGCCAGAACUGAACUCAUGUAUAUCAGUAAUACCAAAAAGUUUUGAAAUAAGAGUAAAAGUGUAAUGCAAUGUAGAAUGAAUCCACAUUUAGACAAAAAAAAAUCGUGUUCAAGUAACACUUGCUACAUAUAUAACUAAAUGUACCACGUUCCAAAUAUAGCACUGUUUCUAAAUGUAAUUGAACAAAAACUCUUGGCAAAAUAUAUCUGUGGAAAAUGUCUGUUUACUUUCACACAAUUUUAACUGCCUUUCAGAAGUACUUCACUACUAUUGUUUAUAUAGUACAGUUCCUUUCAAAUUGGGUGUUGAUUUAGAAAAGUUUUGAUAAUACAGCCUUUCCUAAACUGGUACAUUCUAGAUGAUCCAGGUUACAACUAUAAUGACUACUGUACUGUCAGCUCAGUGCAAUGUAUCUGGAAGACAUUUUAUAGGUCAUAACCUGAACCUUGACCUAUACUGCAUUCAGAAGCAAACUGGCAACCGAUUCAACUUGCAGAGCAGAGGUUCAACAUGCACCAGUCUUGCAGUUCAUAUAACUACCGAGACCAUCACAUUUUGCACCAGAUUCAGUUCUAGAUACUUAGAUUCAAGGAAGAGGGACGUCCCAGGGCAACUUGAUACACAGAAAAUUUCUCACAGAUACUCAAAUUUGCAUGUAGGGAAUGUGCAUUUGGAAAUUCUGGGAGGUUGAACUCUAUAUAUCUUAAAAUUGCCAAGUUUGACAACCACUACAGUAAACCCACCCAAAUAUGGUGUGAUGCCAAAUAGGCAGUCAUCCACCAUCCCUAUCGACAUAGACACACACAUGUGCACCAAUAAAUAGACAUGCUAUAUUAAUAUUCUAUAAUAUAUGAACAAGACAGUGCCAUUAAAGUAUACAAAAAUGAACCAAAAAGUACUCAGAGCCUGGGUGUCAAACUUGAUUGUGUCACAGGCUGGAUCAUGACGUAUCAUGACUUCUUUUGCCUUUGCAGAGCUCGGGUGGGCAUGGCCUAUGCAUGAUGUAUCUGGCCCAAGGGGCCACCAGUAUAAUAGGCCUGGUCUAGGGCUAUGUCAGCAAUAAAAAGAAAGAGGUAUUAUAAAGUAUAGAACCUCUGUUAGGAUCAGUAAGUAUUAAAAUCAGAUGGAUUUAUUUUCUAAUUGCAAACUAAGAACAUGUGCUGUCUAUAUUCUUUUAGCAUCUAUUAUCAAUCCCAGAGUUCCUAAUCACUAUAUCUCUGUGUAUAUAUUUCGGAUACUUUUAAAUCUGUAAAACUUAUUUUGUGCAAAAAAAUCAUGCAGCUAUAAUUUUACAUGAAUUAAAAAUACUCUUGAUCAUA